GGGGAAGCGGCGCAGCGGAGUGCCACGCCGCGGCGGUCGCGGGCGAAACUCUUUGAAGUGGCGCAGCCGUUGUUGCAGCCGGGCAUUCCAAAGGAGAAGCGUGUAAUCGCCCUCAGUGCCUUCGCGCGGUGUCUGAAAGAGGGCGCAUCGCCCUCUCACUGGGAUGGCCCGCAGAGUCCGCUACGUAGCGCCGUGCAGGCGCAGGACAGCGACAUGGCACGGCUGUUGCUCCAGGCCCGGGCCGAUCCCAACGACCGCGAUGCCAAGGGCGUCUGCGUUCUCCACAGCGCUUCCUUUGACGGCCUCGGCGACUUGUGCCAGUCGCUGCUGAAAGCCAGAGCAGAUGCCAACGCGGCUGAUCAACACGGUCAGACCGCUUUCUUCUUUGCGCCCAGCAGCAAGGUCUGCGACGUGCUCCUGGAGGGCAAGGCGGAUGUGAAUGCGGUGAAUCAAAAGGGACAGUCGGCCUUGCACUUGGCUUCCCGCGCCGGGCUGUCAGAGGUUCUCCACUGGAUGGCACCACGCGUGAGUCAUGAGGUCAUGGAGCUGCGCGACGUCCAUGGUGCCACCGCCGCCUACUACGCGCGCCAUGCCGGCAUCGGCUAUGACUUCCUGAGGCACAAAUUCAGUGCUGAAGCUGCUGGCGAGGACAAAUCGGAAAAGCGCACUGGGCGGAACAACCUUGAGCCGGUCGAGAGUCAGGCGCGGGAGAGAACCCGGAGCUCCUGGACGUCGUUGGCUCGGCGAGAUCUCGCAUUGGCGCCUGUGUUGGAGGAUCAGCUGGAUGGAGAGGAGGAGGAGGUCCCGGUAGCGACUGCAGCAGCGGAUGUGGAGGAGGUCCCGGUAGCGACUGCAGCAGCGGAUGUGGAGGAGACCCCGGAGGCCCCGGAGACACCCGAGGCCGAGCUGCCGGGAAGUUCCACCACCGUUCCGCCGGAGGAGCAUCAGGAGCUCCAAGCUCUGGACAUGGAGGUCACGAGUUGCUUCUUGGAGGACUGUCCGGAAAGCCCAAAAGCGCUGGAAACUUCACUUGCCGAGCAUGAACCAAAGGAGGAAACUUCGACGUUGGAGGCACCCGACAGAAGCGCCCCGGAGGGAAGUUCGCCUGCAUCGUCGCUAGAGCGUGCUGAUCAGAUGGUCACCUGGGAGGAAGAUUGUGGAUGCCCAGGUUUUGCCUUGACGGCCAGCACUGCUGAUCUAAGCCUAGUAGACAGCCCAGUCGCGGAGGCUGUUGGCGAUGGGAACAGCGUUGCCUCCGAUGUCUCUGACACGGCUUCUCCUGGCAAGGCGGCGCGCUCCAAGCGGCGUAGCUCGCGUGGCUCUUUGAACCAGGUCUUUCUGAGGCCUUUAGAUCCUCUGAAAGCGGAAAAAACUGAGAGCUGAGCUGGGGUCGCAUGGUCUUUUAAGGGUGGGGUCGCAUGGCCCAACUCACGAGGCUUUGG